AUGGCAUUUCUAAAUAUUGCAUCAAAGCCCUCCAUAUCAUCAGGAGCAGAUUUGUUCACGGUACCUCCUACCAAUAUGACAGUAACCGAAGGAUUUUUUUUGGAAAUUCGCCCAACGACCCCUCUUGACUUAAUUUCAUCAGAAUCAGCAAUCGAAUUCAAUGUACCGCCAUGCCAGAAAUCGUAUACCGAUAUGGGACAUACGCGACUAAGAGUUAAAGCUAAAAUUGUUUGUGAAAAUGGUACACCACUUCCUGAGGGCUGUAAUGCUGCUUUGAUAAAUAAUUCCUUGCAUAGUUUAUUUCAACAAAUUAAUGUGGAAUUAAAUCAAAAAGUAAUUACUUGUCAGAAUUCAUUAUAUCCAUUUAAGGCUUACUUUGAAAAUCUCCUCAACUACUCUAAUGAGAAGAAUGGUAUAUUGCAAACAGCACAUUUCUUUAAAGACACAUCACACAAAAUGUUAGCUGAUGAGGAAAAUGAAGGAUAUAAAGUGAGACGUAAAAUAGCUCAACAGGGUGAAUUUUCAAUGGAGGGCCCAUUGCAUUUAGACUUAUUCAACUCUAACAAAUAUAUGCUUAAUAAUGUACAAAUUGGUUUAAAAUUUUACCGAAGUAAAAAUGAGUUUUGUGUGAUUACUAAAACGACUGACGCCUCAAAAUAUAAGAUCAUCAUAACAGAAUGUGUGUUAUUGGUACGGCGUGUGCAAUUAGCUGCAGCUAUUAUGGCUGCACAUGCUAAGACAAUGAUGACAUUUACAGCCAAGUACCCUAUAGUGAGAACAGAAAUGCGCAACAUAUUAAUUGGAAAAGGUGUACAGAGUGCCACUCUUGAAGGUUUUCAACAUAAUCAGCUACCAUCUCGAAUAAUCCUUGGAUUUUUAGACAGUACGGCAUUUAAUGGGUCAUGGCACUCAAAUCCUUUUAAUUUUGAACAUCAUGACAUAUGCUACUUGAAUAUUCUCUCAGAAGGGAAUAUUAGAAAUCUUCCUUUGAAACCUUCAUUUUCAACCGAUUGUUAUACAGAUGCUUAUAACAGUUUAGUGUAUGACAGUAAUAAUACAUUUGAGAACUCCUCAUUAAACAUAAGUUACUCGGAUUAUAAAGGGGGUUUUAUGGUAACAAUAUUCGACCUCACGCACGACAUUUCAUCGAACAGUCCUUUCUGGUCACUCCCAGCAUCCGGCAGUCUAAGAAUAGACCUCCAAUUCAGUAAAGUUCUGGCAAAGCAUAUUGUAGCAGUCGUUUAUUUGGAAUACAAUAAUCUCAUUGAGAUAAAUCAACAUCGUGAAGUUUUUCUUGAUUACGCAACUUAA